AUGGAGGUGAGGAAAGAUUUGAAUGUAUCUUGUCUACACGAUGAUGACUCAUGGCAGCUAUUCCAGGAUAAGGUCGGCCACAAAACUCUUUUUUAUAGUCCUCGCAUUGAAGCUCUUGCAAGAGAACUUGUGAAAGAAAUGAAAGGCUUGCCAUUAGCUUUGAUAACUGUUGGAAAGACAAUGUAUGGUAAAACUGAUAUGGCUGAGUGGGAAUAUGCUAUCCAACAUAUGAGACGGUCAUGUUGUGAUAACAAUGACCCCCUGGAUAUGGAAAGAAUUGUUUUUAGCCAGAUCAAGUUUAGUUUUGAUAGUUUGCGAAACAAUACUUUGAGGAAAUGUUUCUUGAGUUGUGCAUUGUGGCCAGAGGAUCAACAUAUUGACAAAGUCGAGCUCGCUCGAUGCUGGAUUGGCUUGGGUCUAGUGCAUGAGUCAGAUAUACAAAGUUCCUACACAAAAUCAUAUAGUCUGAUGGGUGACCUUACAGCUGCAUGUUUGUUAGAUGGUUGUGGAGAAAUGUAUGAUUCUUUUAAAAUGCAUGAUGUGGUCCGUGACAUGGCUUUAUGGAUCUCUUGUGGCUGCAAUGAGAAAAAUGGCAAGUGGUUUGUCCGUGCGGGUAUUGGCCAGCAUGAAACAUUUAGCAUCCCUUGGAGCCAAGUUGAAUCUGUCUCCUUGAUGUGGAACUAUGCAUUAAAACUUCCUCCAGUUGGCUCUAAUCCAUGCCACACAAGGAUGUUAUGCCUUGGAAAUAACAAGUUGCAUGAAAGCAUAUUAGUUGAAGAAAUCAAUAAAUUUACUUCACUGACAUAUCUGGAUUUGCGCUUCAACAAUCUCAAAGGAAUACCUGAAGAGUUAUGUUCCCUAACAAACUUGGAACACCUUGACUUGUCGCAUAAUAUUGAUAUAAAUGAAGUGCCUUACUGCUUUGGAAACCUAAUUAAGCUCAAGUUCUUGUACCUAGAAUGGACUAGCAUACAAAGGAUACCGGAGGGGGUCAUAUCUAGGCUUCAAUCAUUACAAGUAAUAGACUUCAACACUUUUUAUCCACGUCGAGUUUCGAAGGACCUUCUGUCUAGAAUGCUUCUAGAGUUGGGAACCCUACCCCACUUGAAAGCAGUUGGUAUCAUUGCCAUGUGUUUUUCUCAGUAUAAAUUAUUACGAGAGAGUGAAAACCUCCCCAUCAGGUCUUUAACUCUGCGGAGACUCGAGACACGUGCACUCUACUUCUCUGAUAUUCUAUCACAUGACUUUGCACCAAGGACCUUGUAUGAACUGCUAAUUGACAUGUGUGUCAUGGAGGAAAUAAUGCUUGGACACGAGUUGGCACGACCAAACUGCUGUUUUGGUACUCUCAAUCAGCUCAGUUUUUUAGAUUUGUCAAACUUGAGAGGGAUAACUUGGAUGGAAACAUCUCCGGCAUCUUUAUUUCCAAGGCUCACUUGUUUGGAGGUGUAUUCCUGCGGAAAGCUACAUCAACUCUCCUGGGCGAUGCAUCUGCCAUGCCUCGAACAAGUGGUAAUAUAUGAUUGUUCUUCGAUGCGGCAAGCGUUUAUGAGGCGCCAUGGUGAUAACCAGUGCAGCGUACAAGACAGUUCGAAGACAUUUCCAUGCCUCAAGUAUCUAAAAUUUCUGAGGUGUGAAUCACUGGUCGGUAUUGGGGAUCCUGACGUGACAUUUCCAUCCCUAGAGCGACUGGUGCUUCAUCAUUGUCCGGAAUUGAAUAGGCUUCCUUUCAAGACGGACAACUUACCACGAAAACUGCAGGAACUACAGAUUGAUGUUGGAUCCUGGGAGAGAUUGGAAUUGGAAGAAGGUGUCAAACCUUUCCUGCAACCCAGGCUUAAAUUAGAAAAAUAG